AUGCUUGAUUUGGUUCGUCCGCAACAAACUGGAAGAAUCUCGUUAUCGGAUCUGAAGAGAUGUCGAUUGACGCCCAUAUUCUUCGACACGUUCUUCAAUUUGGAGAAAUACUUAGAUCACGAACAGAGGGAUCCGUUCGCCUCCAACCGCGACGAAGACGGCCUAACAAUGUCUGAUUGGGACCGAUUCGCCGCCGAAGAGUAUGAGCUCUUAGUGGCCGAAGAAAGUGCACAACAAAACACCCAAAAGUAAAUUUAUGAGAAAUAUUAGGCGAAAAUUCAUUUUUAAAAACAACAAAACACUAAACGAGAAAAAACCUCUAAAAUUCUCAUAAAUAAGUAAAUAAUAAUUUUAAUUUCAAAGACAUUUUAGG